CAUAAAAUCUUUCCCUCGUUCAGUUAGUUCAAAUUUCAAAAACGACGUACCAACUCUCUCCCUCUCUCUCUCUCUCUCUCUCAUCAGUGAUUAAUUUCUGAGAGAGAGAAGAAAAAGGUUAGAUGAUAUGAUAUGCACAUUGUUAAAGCGAGAGAUAGGAUUAAUUUGCAGAUCGGUGUUGAGAUAUAUUGAUCGAUCGGUAUCAAGAGCAAUGGGCUGUUUCUUUGGUUGCUUUCGCAUCAGAGACGAUCGCCGCCGACCUCAUUUCGUCUCCAAUUCCGCUUCCACCCCAUCUAAACCAACUGAAGCAGCGGUAUCUAAAAAUCGUUUGUCGUCUCUGUUUUUGACUGAAGAGGGAGAAGAGUCUACAUACAAUGAUAUGGAAAAUCUUUAUGUGGGAUCUCAACAAAUCAACAAGGGACUGGUAGAUGAGGCCAAGUUUCUAAAAGCCUGUGGUACUUUACCUGAGACUCCUGCUGAAAUUCGGAAAGCAAGUGAUGAGUUAAAAGGUUUACCGCCUUUUGAUAAUGACUCCAAGUCUUCAGAUUUCCAUUCAUGGCUUCUCAACACACCCACCAACAAACUUCAGCUGGAUAAGCCCUCUACUCCUAUCAAACUUUGCAAAGAGUUGAGAAAUGAUUCUGCUUCUCCGGGGCUCACACCUAGCAGCUGCAUAUCCAAUGUACAGAACACUGGAAGGAUAUCUGUAAGCUCCAUUGAAGAUGGUGAAGCAGGAAAUGUUAAAACAGCUAAGGUUCACGUUAGUAAGAAUGAUGAUAUCACACCUUCAGUUUCUCAACGGCUUUCAGAUACAAAUGUUCCAUGCAAGAACAGGUCAGUUCGCUUUGAAUGCAGUCUUGAUACAUCAUCAUCUAAAGGGUACGAAUCCCCAGGGGAUUUAAGUGUAUCAAAGCGGUCUCCUAAACCAACGCCAUUAAAACUUUCUGAUGAAAUGCAAACACCUGGAACUGUUUUCCCUGCAAACCUAGAAGUUGUAGCAAAUGGAAAAGCUAGGAUUAGGUCCCAGUAUGUUUAUUCAGUCUUGAAUCCGGUUGAGAAUGUCUCCCAGUGGAAGGUAAUUCAGGAAGACGAUUUUAUUUCCCAUCAGCUGGAAAAUCAAACACCUAAAUCAGAACUUGGGGCAGAACAAGAUUCCUCUGUUCAAGAAUUGAAGGCGGAAGCAAGCUUGUCUUCUUGGAUCAAGCCGCCACAAUCCGUUCAUGAUGCUGAUGAUGCGAAUGCAUCAAGCAAAAAUUUCCGUUUGGGAAGAACUCCUACAGACAGGCCUAUCAUUGGAAUGGUUGCUGCUCAUUGGAAUGAGAAUGAGCCUUCACAUAUCUCCCCGAGGUGGUGGGAUGGGAAUGGAAUCCCAAAUUCAACUAAUAAAUACAAGGAAGAUCAGAAAGUUAGUUGGCAUGCCACACCAUUUGAAGAGAGAUUAGAGAAAGCACUGUCUGAAGAGAGUUUCAUCUCACAAAAGAAACAUAUCGAUGGGAGACCUAUAGUCUUUGAUGAGCAAGAUGAAAGUGAUACUGCUCUUUCUACUAUGAAGCCUUCUACAUAUUCUAAGCCGGUUAUUUUAUGCUGAAGGGAGACCUAUAGUCUGUUGAUUGUUAUAUUGAGUUGUGAGUUUAUUCUACAGUUGACAUGUCGUCAAUGUAUCUGAAUGAAGUCUCAUAUAUCCAACUUGGUUUUUAGGUUUUCACAUGCAAAUUCAUCAGCAAUACAAAUUCUUGGAUGAUGCUUAAGAUUUUUCAGAA